AUGAAAUCCAGGCUGGAGGUGCGUGUAUCUAUCGUUGUGCUUGCUGCAUUUCUCAUUCAGAGUGAAGGUAAUGACCCAUUUGACUACGAAAAGAAAUUCCCAGAAGAUAAGCAGUACGAUGAGCUGGGUCCACUGGCCGGGAUAUGGCGAACAUACCUCGAAGAAUGUGCUGGAUUUGACGCCGAGAUGGCAGAAGGAUGGAGGGAUGGAUUAGAUGUUUUGCUGGUUUUCGCUGGUCUUUUCUCUGCUGUAGUCACUACCUUCGUCGUACGGACGUCCCAGAGCCUUCAAGCCAACUACAGCCAAGUGACUGCAUCCCUUCUGUUCGAACUCAUCGACGUCACGCGUGCAGCGGCCAAUGGCUCCCUCAGUGUGAACAACGUUCCUCGCUCAGACCUCACUCCCUUCUCCAGCUUUCGCCCCACGACAUCUGAUAUCUGGGUAAACGGCCUGUGGUUCACCUCUCUCUCAUUCAGCCUCGCUACCGCAUUAUUCGCCGUCCUGACAAAACAGUGGAUACAUCAGUACAUGGCUGCUUCAUCAGGGACACCCCGGGAACAAUGCCAUGUACGUCAAUUCUGGUAUAUGGGGCUGCAGAAGUGGGGUGUGGGUUUCAUCAUUGGGUUGUUACCCGUGCUCCUGAGCGUAUCGCUUUGUGUGUUUCUAGUCGGUUUGGUUAUCUUCCUUGUCCCGUUACAAGUGUCGAUCGCAUCCGUUGUCGGAGCCAUCAGUUUUAUGUCAUUCACGGCGUACUUUGUCACCAACCUCCUUCCGAUUUGGUACCCUUCGUGUUCGUACAAGACACCACUGUCGCAAUAUGCCUUCCUCCUCUAUACGUACCUCACCCGUCAUCCCUUCUUCGUAUCUGCGAUCUCCAGACUUUGGGUACCUCCGCCUUCUGUUCAAACGGACGAGUCUCAAGAUGAGCUGCCGGUGUCGUCUUCCAUCAGAACACUCCGAGACGCUGAACUUGCAGCUGUGGAGGUCAGUGCGGAUGAGAUGGACGUACACGCAUUGGCCUGGCUCUUCAACAUGUCGACCAGCCCCAGCGUGCAGAGCAUCGUCGUACAAUCAACCAGUGCCCUACCACUUCCGUCCAUAGAGCCUCUAAAGCAACGCGCAAAAGGAAUUUCGGACAUGUGCAAGACCCUCAUCUGGUAG